GACAUCAAAACGUAUUGAAAAAUAUAUUUACAAUUAAGUAAGUCAGAAGUUUAUUUACUGACACGUGUCAGUUUUUCUCUCGUACACAGUUAUUUGUAUACACAAUAAUUAUUGCUUUAUCAUUUGAAAUUAUCUGACGCGAAAAAUAUAUAAAGUUUAUAUGCCGCUUAUCGUUUAACACAGUGAAAGAAACAAUGCGUGUGCAUGUGCAGUUUAUUAUUAUUAUAUGUCGUAUAAAUGAUAUCUCCCCCAAAUUAUCCGAUAGACGAUAAUGAUAUCAUACAAACAGUGAAUCAGCAAUUCUUCUUCAUUUAAUCCCCCACUCUCUCCUCGGUGAGAGUCACUCGAGCACAGUGUCCGGCACUCAGUUACAUGCGUACGUGGUUGUAUAAUCGUGCCUCGACACACUACACAGGUAGUAGUCGCGGGAUCGUCAACGUUGCUCUCUCUUUCUUCCGCCACAGUAUCCAUCAUGAACAAUAAUCGUGUGGACGUAUACGUGCGCGAGGGAAAAUUAAUCGGUAUCGUCGACGAAAAUAUCCAUGGCGGUCAUUACGUCGCCUUCCGAGGAAUACCGUACGCGAAACCGCCGAUUGGCAAACUCAGAUUCAAGGAUCCGCUACCGCCGGAAAAAUGGUCCGGCGGCAGAGAUGCCUCGAAAUAUGGAAACGUCGCCGUUCAAUUUGAUUUACUAAAACGCGAAGUAAUAGGUGACGAAGAUUGCCUAUAUCUGAACGUAUAUACGCUAGAUAUCGUUAAAAAACGCCCAGUUAUGGUGUGGAUACACGGUGGCGGUUUUAGCCUGGGUUCCGGCGAUGCCUCGAUUUAUGGUCCAGAUUAUAUUGUUCAAAAGGACGUGGUGCUGGUUACGCUAAAUUACAGACUAGGGGUUCUCGGUUUUCUGAAUCUCUACGACAAAGUGGCAACGGGUAAUCAAGGUAUGAAGGAUGUGAUUAUGGCGUUACAAUGGGUGCAAAAAAAUAUAUCACAAUUCGGUGGAGAUCCGAAAAACGUCACUAUCUUUGGCGAGAGCGCUGGUGGAGCUAUCGUGCAUUUUCUAACUCUGUCUCCGUUAGCUAAAGGUGCAACCUAUAAUCCUAUUGAUACGCAAUGAUGUAAAAUCAGCAAAUUUUAUCUCAUUUAAUAUUCAAAGAUUUAUUGGCUGUUUUGAACUUGAUCUUUGCUAUAAAAAAAAAAAUACUCGAGCACUGCCAAGAUAAA